UUCCCAACCCAGUCUUGCUCUGUCAGCCCGAGUGUUGGUGUUUGUGAUUGUCGUGUUUGCGUGUUUUGUGGGUUUUCGUGACAUAAACUUUGAUUUUAUUAAUUAAAUUUUUAUCUGUGGCAACAUUUUGUGAAUAUAUAGAAGUUGUGCACUAUCUGGAUAAACAAUACUCUCAUAAAAGACAUACGUUGCUGAAAUGACUGAUCUUCUGAUACAGACUGCUUCGAGCAGUCCUCCGAGGAGUGAUUCGUUUCGAUAUGGUCUGUUAGACGGUUGUCGGAGCCCUAUCAUAGCACGGUACACCGGUUUUGAAGACAGACCUUCAGGACUAGGACUGUCUGACUUGAAGCACAGCAAGAGCGAUGAUCUGGUCCUGCAGAGCGCACCGGUGGCAGCCCCAGAAAUGCACCACGGAAUCAGUGAUGCUGCAAUACAGAUUCAGAAAGAGGCUUGUGUUGUUUAUGAAGACGACAUAUCAGUGUUGCCGAGUGUUCUACCGAAGAGUUUGCCCGUUUACUACAGUGAUAGUGAGACCAGUAAUGUAACCAAGUGUGCUCCUAUGGAAAAGUCGGUUCUCAAGAUUACUGGGGAUUUCGGUUCAGAUGGUCCGUCCAGAAGAUCAAGUCGACACAUCGGCUUGUACGAUAGGCUUGAUCCUGAGGACAGCAUAAGAGAUAUAAUAUCAGAAAAUGAUUUCUAUAGAUUCGUGUUGUUCAAACGCCAUUACGAGAAGUACUUGGACAUCUCGCAGAAGUACGAGGAGGCCCGGAACAUCGCGUACUACUUGGAGGAGAAGUACCACGAGAUUAAGGCGGAGAGAGACCGGCUGGCAAGGCGGCAGAUGGAACUGGAACGGCGGAUGGAAAGCAGAGACGUGGAACUGCACGACAAGGAGGAAGAACUGUUCUUGCAACUGGAAAAAGCCAUCCGUCUAGAAGAGGAUUGCGAGAAGCUAAGAACGGAGAAAGAGAAAAUGGUUGAAUGGAAAGAAAGACUAGAACGUGAGAAAAAUGAAGCAUAUCGCCAGCUGAAGCUACAAGCGGAAGAGUCAGAGACCACCAGGCGCAGACUGGAGAGAGCCCGCAAUGAUGUGGUACGCCAGGUUACGGCCAUUGUGGCGGAAAAAGACUCCCUGGAGAGAGAGAAUCUACGACUCAAAGAAGCGUUAGAAGACAUUGAAAGAAAAAGUCACCGAAGUGGAAGGAGCACUCACAGCGUUCAUGGCUUGGAAAAAGAGGUGUGCGAUUUGAAACAGGUGGCAAAACAAAGUGCCACCCUAAACAGUCAACUGAAGAAGGGCAUGAAACACCUGGCGACUUGCAGGCGGCGCAAGUGUUCGGUCUGUGCGUACACCCGCGCUACCUUCGGAGAGUAUGCGGCUAAUGACAGUGGCAAGAAGCUGUUCUCGUGUUUCGUGGACACAAGGAAGCGUUCAAGGUCCGCCCAAGGACGUCACAGCUCCACGUGGUCUGACACUGAUGGUUUGGCGGACCGGCUGUCUGAACUGUCCCUGGCAGUGCCCCCCUCUCCUCGCCCCUCUGAGUACUCCCCCUCACCACUCCCCUUCAAGCACAUCUCGUACAUAGACGAGGGCAGCAGCAGCAGUAGCGACGGUGAGGGAGAGUGCGAGGGUCGGGGCUAUCCGCAGACCGACGCCAGCACCACCAGUUCUGCUCCCCACGCCUUCUCCUCGGACAGCGGGUUCUCCUCAGAGUUGUGCGACUCCACCACUCCUGCCCACCACGGCACCCGUCUCCACCGUGCCACCCGCUGGACAUCCUCCUUCCGCAAGCUCAUCCGGAGAGUGUCCAAGCGUCAGCUGAAUAACACCACCUAGACACUGAGCGUGAUCCUUCUCGUACUUGCCAAACUGUCAUUGGCCCUUCUCAGUUUCGUUAGCUCGCAACGGAGGGGUUGUUAUCAGUACUUAAUAGUUUUAGCCUUUUCCUCCAAUUGUUUUUCCAAGGAUACAUUAAGUUUAUUACGUUUGGUAAAUAAAAAGACAAGGAGUUACAACUUCAGGAAGUCAGCAAUCCAAUUAGACUUGUAACGUGAAGAUACAGUUGAAAUUAUUCAUUUUCUUGAGCAUUGGUGAAAAUCUUGUAAAUAUUCGACUCACCAAUCUCACGUUUGUUCUACUGCGAAGUAAAUUGACGCACAGAUGGUCAAGAACGGGUUCAGCAUUUCAAAUAAGGAAAGUCUUGUAAAGACACCUGUUCCAAAUGAAAGGUGCUAUAUUUACUACAAUUUUCGUGUGUUUACUGGAAAAUAAAAAACCCUCACUGAGAAGAAUAUAGUUACGAGCAGACACGUGUAGUGUGCUGUGAAGGGCUCACAUGGCAGCUUGUGUUCCUUGCAGUAGAUGUAUGCUCAUCUCUCAGUUGUGAAGUCUCCUAUCGGUUGUGCCUCUUAUUUCUAUACACGAGUUGAGAGUAUUAGUAUUUUUUUGCAUUUAAUAUAUGUGUAAACCAUGAUCACGUGGGUUCUUUACUGAUUAGUUCGCCUGGUGAUGUUGUCUCGUCUCAGGUUUGUUGGCUAAACACUUUCCCUCAGUACAAUACAACAUUCGGCUCUCGUGCAAUAAACACUUGUGCUCAAUAUAUUGUAAUAGACAUUAUUCACUGUAACUCUCGAUUCAUCUGUUUCAUACCUACUGUUAGAUAGAUUAUUUUAAUGGUAGUAAAAUUUAAUGGAAACCGUUAUGAAGGAAUAAAACGUAGGUUCGAAUUCAAUAUCUCAGUGCAAUUAAAAAAAAAAUGUCCCUUAUUUCAAGUUUGGGAAAAGACUAGAUGUGUGGCUGCCAUCUUGAACCAUCAUAUCAUGAUGGUGUACAAAUAAGAUUGUUAAUUCUUAAGAUACGUUUAUUGUUAUAAAAGUAAAACACAUUUAUGUUUUCAGCGGUUUUUUGAAAUUGUAUGUGAAAAAUUUCCUCAGUAUUCAGGGGAUCCCAUUUUGAAAUUUUACAAUAUUAAAAAAACUGCCAGAUUAGAAGCUGUUGGAUCUAUUAUUACAUGAAUUUUAUAAUAACAUAACUUAAUUGUGAGGUAUUGUUGCAAGCUUUUCAAAAUUGUGUUUCAGAAAAACGCAAACAGUUAUUAAAAAACUUGUUUGAAACAAAAUCAAGAUAAUGAUUUUGAAUUCAGUCUUAAAUAAUAUUUCUUGAUUAAAAAAAUAUUUUACAACUACAAAAUAAAUGGCCGUAAUUCAAUUCAGUCUUUUUUCUGUUUCAAAAGUGAAUUUAGUUCCACUGUCUGUGUUUUUCUGACUUUGGAAUUUUGGUUGGUUUAAAUUUAAAAGUUUUCAGUAUUCAAGCUUUAUACUAAUGAAUUUUCCAAAACAUUUCCUAUCAAAUAUUUACUAAUUAAGUUUAUAUUAUUGGGUGUUCAAUGUAAAUAGAUUCAUAAUAGUUAAAUUGCUUUUUUUUAAUGUUCAAACUAUAGCAGAUAUGGUAAUAGCCAACAAAGGUGUACUUGUAUAUAUCUGAGACAUUUUUAUGAGACACAAUGUUUAGUACAAUUAUUCCGAAUUUUAUUUUGUUUUCAUCUUGGCUGUGGAGGUUAACUCAAGUAUAUGAAAUUAUAUAAUAUAAAUAUUAUGUAAAAUUAGAACAUUUCGCAUAUAAAAUAUAGGACAAAUUAUUAACUACUGUUAAAAUAUUAGAAUCAAUUAACUUAGUAUUUAUAAAUUUUAGUCUUCUUUUAAAAAUAAAAUCUAUUUUAACUAUGAUAAAGGAAACCUACAAUAACCUAGUUGUAGACACGCUACAGUAACAGGUGUUGUACUUAAGUAAUCAUGUAGUAACCGUAUCAUAAUAGAAGCUUGAAAAUUCAAAAUAUAUACUGUAGAUUAGGCUGCACAGAUUAGUCAUUUCUGCUAACAUGUUACAAAUUCCAUAUAAAAUAGUACAAAAGUUAGUCAACUUCAAAACAUAUAAUUAGAUAAUGUUAAUCGUCUGAAAAGUCUACUACUACGUUUUAUAAAACAGUUUAGUUGUUGAAAAGAAAAAAGUUUAGUAUACAUAACCUAUAAAUUAUCAUUACAAUACAAUACAGUCUACAAAUACUACAUUAAUUAUAAUAGCUAUUAAUUUAUUGUACAUAUCAUUGUGAUUCCUCUAACGUUUUACCUGGUGAAGUAUAUCAGAGCAAAAUUGAUAAUUACACGUACUCUGAUGUACGUACACACAUUCUGAUGUACGUUCACGCAUUCUGACGUACGUUCACCAGUUUUAGGGUUUGGGGAUUGUUAACAUUUUACAUAAAGUUGUUAAAUCUGUAUUUGCUGAAAUUUGUAUAACAUCAGUUUGUUUUGGGUGUUAUCUGUCUAUUACUAUGUUAAGAUAUUAAAAUAAUUAUGAGAUAUUAAAUUUAUAAACCUCUAAAAAUUAUGAAACUUAUAUGAAAAAAGGCAAAAACCACUAUAAAGUGUGUACAUUACAUUGUUUACAUUAAUUUAGGCUUUUAUGAACAGUUAUGUAUCUACAUCUCCUUAAGUUAUUCUUAAUUGAGCAAAAAUUUAAAAUGCAUUAAGAAUGUCCUGCUAUUCUCAUUCUUGUAAAUUCAGUGAUGGUGCUUAGCGAUGAUGUACUGUAUUGCUGUGGGAAUAAUGCUUGUUUUUUAAGUUUCCUUCUAGAAAACUAAAAAUAUUAAUGCAUUGAAAUUUUAUACUUGUGCAAGAGAACACAGGUUCUUCUGCAGAAAGAAUGAAAAGUCGUGAAUGACUAAUAGACUGUUACAAAAUUUGCAUUUUUUUAUGGUUUAGUAUUUAUUGCUCUGUUUGAGACUGAGUAUAAAUACUACACAGGCCAACCAUUUUUUUACCUUAUUCUACUCAUUAAUUCACUUGAACCUUUACAAGGAAACACUUUUGUUUGUGCUAAUGUAAUUUUAUUGGAAUAUUUUUAAGGGAGUAAUAAAUUGUUCAACAUUUUCGUUCAAGGCAUGAACAAUUGCCUAAAGUAUUCCAAUAUUUUUUCAAACAGAACUGUCAGUAAAAAAUAAACUAGACAUUUUUCAGGUUAUAAAAUGUGUUCAGGAACACUUAUAACACUUUUAAUAAAUGUAAAAUAUAUUUUAAAGUAUACAAUUUCACAAAAAAGAGAGAGGCACUAUAUUUUUAUAAAAAUGUAGUGGGAAGUUCAUUAACACUAAGUACCAACCUGAAUUAGGAUUCUUGACAUUGUGGUUUAGUCUGUUACUGAUUACAUUUGUUGUAUAAAUCUUUAUUGAUAUCUGUUAAAUAUUAAGAUGUAUUUACUUAAUUCAGCUCUUAAUUGAAACUGUUGGUUGGUUAGUUUUUAGAUCUUUUAAGAUGUUACGUCUUAAGAUGGUUUGUCAGGGUUAGUGCAGAAAAUCACUACUGAUACUUAUCUUAUGUCCAGUUUUAAUACAGUUGAUUUUUAAUCGAAAUUGCUAACCAAAUGUUACUAGUUUCUAAAAUGUUUAUAUGUUGUUUUCUGACAAUGAAUGUUGAAAUAUUGUACACCAUUGUUCUAAACAAUGAGCGUUCAGGGUUCCGCUUCAGUAUUUCAGUGCUUGAAUAGUAAAAUCGUUACAUGAAAACAUUUCAUGUUCACGAAUAGUAAAGAAGUGGAAUAAUACUACUGUGUUUGCUAAGAAUUUAGUGUUAUUGUAAGAUUAACGUUGUCGAGAGACAGAUUCUGUAAAGACUGAGUCGUCAGACAUUCCUCCACUGUAUUUACAUUCCUCAAUGUUUUAUCGCUUAACCUGUAUGUAAUGUUCCGCUGUGUUGGAUUUGUUGGUGUGGUAAAUGUUUGCAUGAAGAAGCGUAAAACCGAUGUCGUAGUGGAAUUUUUCUUUCGUUUCCCAUUACAAAAACCAAUUUAGUAUUGCAAAAAUUAAAUUAAGAGAUAUUCAGUAAGAACUUGAGCUAUUGUAACGCCAAUUUAUUUGCUUUUAAUUCCCUCCAAAAUAUACUUAUUGAAAUUAAAUAUUUUAGGGCUCCUUUUUGUUAAAGGUAAGUUUUUCUAAACUCCAUAUUUUAAGAGACAGCUGUACUAGCGGCCAUUUUGGCUUUAGCUCCAUAAGAAUGUUGUAAAACUUCAAAAAAUUUUAAAAAUAUAUGUACCCAAAUUGUUCCGUUAUAAAACUCCAUUAAAUAGUUUUAACCACAUAACAAGACAAAUAAACUUUGUUUCAAUAACUAUUUUUUAUAUGAGCAACUUUGAAAUUUAAUACAUGACGUGCAAUAAAUGUACUACCCUGGAAAAUACUUUGAAAAUAAUGUUUAUUGAAAUACUACACAAGUAUAUUGAAGAACAAAACGCGUUAUAUGUACAAAAUUAAUACAUUUCUCAAAAUAAUUGUGUAAUAAGUUACUGUUUUAUUCGGAGUUGAUGAUGUUCUCAAGUUAAAUAGUAUUUUCUGAAGAAAAGCAAUCAAAUGGCAGAGAAAGAAAUUAAGCUCCAACUUCACGACUUUAAUGAAUUUCCCAUCAAAAAUAUUUCAAUAGUAUUUCACAAUCUGUGGAAAUGAAUUGUGAAAACAACUAGACAAUGAGUUAAUGGGUUUUGUUUUGGAUUUAUUCUCACUGUUUUAUUGCUAUGAGGUUUUCAUUUCUUUCAUUUUAGUAUAAUUCAUAUCAUGUUAAUUAGUCAAAAUGAUCUCAUCUAAAACAACUAAAGGAUAAGAAUUUGAACUAAAAUUAACCUCCAACUCUGGUGGAAAAGUGAUUGUAUGCACAUUGGUUCUGGCUUAAAAUGAGUUAAUUAUGAAAUCACCAUUUUGUAUUCUUACCUCUUCAGUUACAUCUUUUUUCUAAUGUUAUGUUGGUACCGUAUAUUUAAAAAAACGUAAGUUGUGUGGGAGUUAGUCCCCCUGAUAUUUUUUACAAUAGAAUAUUGAAAAACCCUCUUAUAUCACUUUCCUUGGUCUUUUAGAUAAAUUAAUUAGGAAACUUUUUCAUAAACUUAAUUUUUGUUACUGAUGUCCUUAUUACAUUCUGAAUAAAUAAACCAAUAUCACUUCUAUCUCCCAUUUCAUUAUUUUAAGUGCUUAUGUAUCCAAUAUAUUCUGUAAAGAUGGGCAGUAGUAGAGUUUAUAAAUAAGAAAUGAAAGAAAACUUGUUUGUAUAUAACUUUUAAAUUGUACAGAAAUAUUUGCCCGUAAAAAUAACUUAGUGGUAAUGGCAAAAAAUAGGCAAGUUGGUUCUUAGUUCUUGAUAUUUAAUUUUUUAAGGAAGUUGGUGUAAAGUAGUAACUACCAAUGAGCUUAUUAAAAGUUUUACCAUAAUUAUUUAUUCAGUAUGGUUUCCUGCAAAAGACAUUCCUAAAUAAAUCUGACUUUAGAAUUUAAAUGACCAUGUUUUUUAAUGUUUGCCCAUUUAAUAAAUUUUAUAGAAGCUUUGUUUGAACUUGAACCUUUAUGUUUUUCUUCUUGUAGUAUUAAAUAGAUCAUUAUAAAGUUCUACCCAGAAACUAUUUCUUGAGCAUACUCUAAUAAUAAAUAGUUUGUUGACAUGUAUUUGUUGGUUUUGCAAACCCUAAAUCGUUUAGAACACAAUCAAUUUAUUGCUAGUUUUAUUGCAUAUGUAAUUAAUUUAGCAACUGGUGGUAGAAGCAUGGAGUCCAGCCUCAAUAACUUGUAUACCAUCUGGCUCUCUGAGAGCCUCAAUGAUGUUGAGGCCCUCAAGAAGUGGUUUGAGUUAAUGAGGAACUCUCAAGUCGGUCAUUUCACCACAGCUCAAGUAGGGCGCUCGGCGUGGGCCUGGAAAUGGAGCGUCUCCAUACAACGGGUUUACUGAACACACACAUUUACUGUAAAUAGAACAUUUAUUUAAAAUACAAAAAUCCAGAUUUAUUAAUAUUAAUGGUUUCUUAACAUAAGUAAACCUUGGAAAGUGUAACAAGGAAUAUUUACAACAAUUUGUUAGAAUAAAAUAUUGUUUUAAGUAAUAA